AUGAGGUUGACGCUACUUUGUUGUACCUGGAGGGAAGAACGUAUGGGAGAGGAAGGAAGCGAGUUGCCCGUGUGUGCGAGCUGCGGCCAGAGGAUCUACGAUGGCCAGUACCUCCAGGCCCUGAAUGCUGACUGGCACGCAGACUGCUUCAGGUGUUGUGAAUGCAGUGCCUCCCUUUCGCACCAGUACUACGAGAAGGAUGGGCAGCUCUUCUGCAAGAAGGACUAUUGGGCCCGCUAUGGCGAGUCUUGCCACGGAUGCUCAGAGCACAUCACCAAGGGGCUGGUCAUGGUGGCCGGGGAGCUGAAAUACCACCCCGAAUGCUUCAUCUGCCUCACAUGCGGAACCUUCAUCGGUGACGGGGACACCUACACUCUGGUGGAGCACUCCAAGCUGUACUGCGGACACUGCUACUACCAGACCGUGGUGACCCCCGUCAUUGAGCAGAUCCUGCCCGACUCCCCUGGCUCCCACCUGCCCCACACGGUCACCCUGGUCUCCAUCCCAGCCUCAUCUCACGGCAAACGCGGCCUCUCGGUCUCCAUCGACCCCCCUCACAGCCUGCCGGGCUGCAGCACGGAGCACCCCCACACCGUCCGCGUCCAGGGAGUGGACCCGGGCUGCAUGAGCCCGGAUGUGAAGAAUUCCAUCCAUGUCGGGGACCGGAUCCUGGAAAUCAAUGGCACGCCCAUCCGGAACGUGCCUCUGGACGAGAUUGAUCUGCUGAUCCAGGAGACCAGCCGCCUGCUCCAGCUGACUUUGGAGCAUGACCCCCAUGACACCCUAGGCCAUGGGCCAGGGUCUGAGCCCAGCCCCCUGGGCUCCCCAGCUCACACGCCCAGCGGGGAGGCGGGCAGCCCUGGCCGGCAGAAGCCUGUGCUGAGGAGCUGCAGUAUCGACAGGUCCCCGGGCGCCGGCUCGCUGAGCUCCCCGGCCUCCCAGCGCAAGGACCUGGGUCGCUCUGAGUCCCUCCGUGUGGUCUGCCGGCCGCACCGCAUCUUCCGGCCUUCGGAUCUCAUCCACGGGGAGGUGUUGGGCAAAGGCUGCUUCGGCCAGGCCAUCAAGGUGACGCACCGAGAGACGGGCGAGGUGAUGGUGAUGAAGGAGCUGAUCCGCUUCGACGAGGAGACCCAGCGGACGUUCCUCAAGGAGGUGAAGGUCAUGCGAUGCCUGGAGCACCCGAAUGUGCUCAAGUUCAUCGGGGUGCUCUACAAGGACAAGAGGCUCAACUUCAUCACCGAGUACAUCAAGGGCGGCACGCUCCGGGGCAUCAUCAAGAGCAUGGACAGCCAGUACCCCUGGAGUCAGAGGGUGAGCUUUGCCAAGGACAUCGCUUCUGGGAUGGCCUACCUCCACUCGAUGAACAUCAUCCACCGGGACCUCAACUCCCACAACUGCCUGGUUCGUGAGAACAAGAAUGUCGUGGUGGCUGACUUCGGGCUGGCGCGGCUCAUGGUGGAUGAGAAGACGCAGCCCGAGGACCUGCGGAGCCUCAAGAAGCCAGACCGGAAAAAGCGGUACACGGUGGUGGGCAACCCCUACUGGAUGGCGCCCGAGAUGAUCAACGGCCGCAGCUACGACGAGAAGGUGGAUGUGUUCUCGUUCGGGAUCGUCCUGUGCGAGAUCAUCGGGCGAGUGAACGCUGACCCGGACUACCUGCCGCGCACCAUGGAUUUUGGCCUCAACGUGCGAGGCUUCCUGGACCGCUACUGCCCCCCAAACUGCCCCCCGAGCUUCUUCCCCAUUACUGUGCGCUGCUGUGACCUGGACCCUGAGAAGAGGCCCUCCUUCGUGAAGCUGGAGCAGUGGCUGGAGACCCUCCGCAUGCACUUGGCCGGCCACCUGCCGCUGGGCCCACAGCUGGAACAGCUGGACAGGGGCUUCUGGGAGACCUACCGGCGUGGCGAGAGCGGGCUGCCCGCCCACCCUGAGGUCCCUGACUGA